ACAUUUGCGAAACUACAUAAAUGCAUGAACAAAGACUUGUUUGUUAUAAACAAUGUGAACAAAUGAUGUAGAUAACUGUAUUAUCCGCUUUUUUUUGCUAUUAUUUUUCGACAUCAUGCAUAGAUGUCGCUUUCGACAAUGUGAUUUAAAUGUAUAAGUUUGAUACAGCGCGCGAAAAGUUAGUUGCGUCGUCCUUUGAUUUGUGUCGGUCAACAAAUAUUUCCAGCAAUCCAUCCCAGAUCCGCCGGCAUGGCGAGCUUAUUGGACUUGUGCGAGCGAUAUUUCGGCGUCUGUAAUUUUUAUGAUGUGUUGAAGAUACCAAAAAGCGCGGACGACAAACAGGUGAAGAAGGCUUAUUACAAACUGUCGUUACUCAUACAUCCGGAUCGGGUUGAGGAUAGUAUCAAGAUCGAAGCGACUGAGAAGUUCAAAGUUCUUGGUAGAAUAUAUUCCAUUCUCAGCAACAAUGAAAAACGCAAAGUCUACGACGAAUCCAUAUCCAUACAACACAACAAAUGUGACAAGAAAAUUGAAGUCGUCAUGCGCAAAUUAAACAACUAUUUGAAAUUCUUACUUGAAGAAAUAUCAACUGUCAAAGAUAUCAAUAAUUACGAAAACCUGAGGUCGUUGUUACGAAAUGCUUUGUAUCUCCUUCUCUUAAAGAAAAGGGAUUACGACGAAUCUAUGCAAUAUGACGAAUCCAAACAAAACGACGAAUUCAGACAAUACGACGAAUUCAGAUCAUACGAUGAGGAAAUCGAAGAUGUCAUGCGCAACUUGACCGACUAUUUGAGAUCCUUACUUAAAGAAAUAUCAGUUGUCGAAGAUAUUAAUUACGAGAAGAUGAAUUUGUUUUUACUAAUUUCUUUGCGUCUCCUUCAUUUAAAGGGAAGGGAUUUAUAUCAACAGGACAGCAACUCUAGAAGCUCUAGAAAAUAAUACACACGCAGAGAUUGCAAAGUUUUACUUUCUCAACUGUAUAUAGAAAUAAGGGUAUUUUAGCUUAUUGUUAGUAUAUUAGCAAAAAUAUUCAGAAAAAAAGAAAGAAGAAAAAUACCCAAACCAAUAUAAAUCUCAUAAAUUAUGUACUAUUCCUCAGGAAUUAGGCUUGAUCAGAGCUGAUAUGAACUUAAUUCGAUUAAUUAGUUUAUUUACGUUAAAAGUUCACAGUUUGUAUAUUUGCUCUUGUACAUUUCUUGUACAUUGUACAUUUCUUGAAGUUUGAAAGUUUUCUUGCUCUGCAACUUUCUUUGAUGAAUUACAUAAUUUAAAUAGUGGAAUCUAUUUUUUUGGGACCGUAUUUUAUUUUGCAUGUUGUUCUAGUUCUCUAAAUCUUUCAUUUUUGUUAUCUCUACAAAGAUAUUUACCAUAUUUCCAUAAUUUGAAUAUAUCGAUUUCAGGGACCAAUUUCUCAAACCUCAAUUUUCGUUUGCUUUUAAAAAAGAUGAUUUAUACAAAAGGUUGUAACAGUAAUAAUAUCAAAACUAUAAUAUAAUUUCAGUUAUCUUUAAUAAAUAUAUAUGG